AUGAGCGAACUCACCCAAAACCCGUUCGCAUCCACGCACUCGCUCGACGCCAACCCGUUUGAGGACCCGCCGGACGCGCAGUCCGCGCGCGCGGCUGAGCUGGAGCGAAGAGAACGAGAACUUGAACGCAGAGAGCAAGAGCUUACCCAGAAGGCGGACCACAUACGGAGACACGGGAGAAACAACUUUCCGCCUUUCUUUCCGCUGGUAUACCACGAUAUCAACGAAGAGAUCCCGGAGGCGUCCAGGCCGCUCAUCACCCGGCUCUUCCAGCUAUGGCUGGUCCUAGCUGCGACCCUUAUCAUCAACAUGAUUGCGUGUAUAUUCGUUCUCGUCGGUGGUGGCAGCGAUGGUGUGCGGGAUCUCAUCUCUGGAAUUAUCUAUGUUCCUGUCAUCGGGCUCCUCUCGUUCCUGUUGUGGUAUAGGCCUAUCUAUAACGGAUAUAUGAAGGAGCAAUCGCUCUAUUACUACCUGUAUUUCUUCUUUGGAGGAUGGCACCUGCUGUUCUCGCUGUACAUGGCCAUUGGCAUUCCGAGCACGGGCUCGGCCGGCCUGAUCAACACCAUCCAGAUGUUCAUCAAGCACUCAUGGGUUGCAGCCAUCCUAGGUUUAAUAGCCUCAAUAGGUUGGAUUGUGCAAGGAUUAGGAAACGCGUUCUAUUAUCGCCAGAUUUGGGCACAUCACAACGCUGCGGGACAUUCCAUGGAAAAAGCCAAGUCGGAGUUGGCCAUGCACGGCGCGAAAUCGUACUUUACUCGGGGUUAG